UCUGCCUGCUGCUGUCGCUGCCGCCGGGAUGGCGCUGAGCUUGACGGUGAACCCCGGGGACCUCCCUCUCGGAGCCUUGCUGACUGCAGAACAUGUGAAGAAUCAUGUUAAGAUUUCAGUUGAAGAAGGCAAAGAGAACAUCCUACGGGUAUCUGAUCAAGUUACAUUCACUGAUGUGAAUUCCAUAGCUCGUUAUCUGGCCAGAAUUGCCACAUCUACUGGAUUAUAUGGAUCUAAUUUGCUGGAGCACACUGAGAUUGACCAUUGGAUGGAGUUCAGCACCACAAAGCUAUCAGCUCCCUCUGGUUUUGCUUCAGCAAUUCAAGAGCUUGAUAACUCCCUUUCUCUGAGGACCUACUUGGUUGGGAAUUCCUUGAGCCUUGCAGAUUUCAGUGUCUGGGCAACACUAAAAGGCAACAAUGUCUGGCAAGAACAGUUACUUCGGAGUAAUUGUCCAGUUCAUGUAAAACGUUGGUACAACUUCCUUGAGGCACAAUGUGUUUUUCAAUCAGUAGGUUCCAGGUGGACUGUGGGAGGUGCUAUUCCAAAGACUAAAGUGGCAGCAGAAAAGAAACAAGAUGUUGGAAAAUUUGUUGAGCUCCCUGGUGCAGAGAUGGGAAAGGUUAUUGUUAGAUUUCCUCCUGAGGCAAGCGGAUACUUGCAUAUUGGUCAUGCAAAAGCAGCUCUGUUGAAUCAGCACUAUCAGGUCAACUUCAAGGGUAAACUGAUCAUGAGGUUUGAUGAUACAAAUCCAGAAAAAGAGAAAGAAGACUUUGAAAAGGUUAUCUUGGAAGAUGUUGCAAUGCUGCACAUUAAGCCAGACCAAUUCACCUACACUUCUGAUCAUUUUGAAACGAUAAUGAAAUAUGCUGAGAAGCUCAUUCAGGAAGGAAAGGCUUAUGUAGAUGACACGCCAGCGGAACAAAUGAAAAUGGAACGAGAGCAGAGAACAGAAUCCAAGCACAGGAAUAACUCUGUUCAGAAAAACUUGCAAAUGUGGGAGGAAAUGAAAAAGGGAACGGAAUAUGGGCAGACAUGCUGUCUACGAGCCAAGAUUGACAUGAACAGCAAUAAUGGAUGUAUGAGGGACCCAACUCUUUAUCGUUGCAAAAAUCAACCACACCCACGUACUGGAAACAAGUACAAUAUUUACCCCACCUAUGAUUUUGCCUGCCCCAUAGUUGACAGUAUUGAAGAUGUCACCCAUGCAUUAAGGACAACAGAAUACCAUGACAGAGAUGAGCAGUUCUACUGGAUCAUUGAAGCCUUGGGAAUAAGGAAACCAUAUAUUUGGGAAUACAGUCGUUUAAACCUCAACAACACUGUGCUAUCUAAAAGAAAGCUCACUUGGUUUGUUAACGAAGGGCUAGUGGAUGGCUGGGAUGACCCAAGAUUCCCAACUGUGCGCGGUGUUCUGAGAAGAGGUAUGACGGUUGAAGGAUUGAAGCAGUUUAUUGCUGCGCAGGGUUCCUCUCGAUCAGUUGUAAACAUGGAGUGGGAUAAAAUUUGGUCAUUUAACAAAAAGCUGCGAGCUAUCUGUAAGAAGGUAAUAGAUCCAGUAGCAGCUCGGUACACUGCUCUGCUGAAGGAUGAUGUAGUCACAGUGAACAUUCCUGAAGCUAAAGAAGAGGCGAAAGAAGUAGCGAAACAUCCAAAGAAUGCCGAAGUUGGCUUGAAGCCUGUAUGGUACAGUCCCAAAGUGCUUAUUGAAGGAGCCGAUGCAGACACAUUGACAGAAGGAGAGACUGUUACAUUUAUUAACUGGGGCAACAUAAUCAUCACCAAAAUAUACAAAAAUUCCGCUGGUAAAAUCACAUCCAUUGAUGGUAAGCUGAAUUUGGAGAAUAAGGACUACAAAAAAACUGCUAAGAUUACCUGGCUAGCAGAAACUCCUCGUGCUCCUUCCAUCCCAACUGUCUGCGUCAACUAUGAACACUUGAUCACAAAACCUGUCCUAGGCAAGGAGGAAGACUUCAAGCAGUAUGUCAACAGAAAUAGCAAGCAAGAAGAAUUGAUGUUAGGUGAUCCUUGUCUUAAAGAUUUGAAAAAAGGAGACAUCAUACAGCUUCAGCGAAGAGGCUUUUAUAUUUGUGAUCAGCCAUAUGAGCCCAUUAGCCCAUAUAGUUGCAAAGAAGCCCCAUGCAUAUUGAUUUAUAUCCCCGAUGGACAUACAAAAGAAAUGCCAACAUCUGGAUCUAAGGAAAAGACAAAGGCAGAAACGGCAAAGAAAGAGGCUGCUAUCGCUGUGAAAGGACACUCUGCUCCACUUGAGGCAGAUGUUUCUUGUGCUACAGCCCCUGCUUCCGCAGAGGACCACUUAACGCUUUACAGCAGAGUGUGUGCUCAAGGUGAUGUAGUUCGUGACUUGAAAUCGAAGAAGGCUGCAAAAGAAGACAUUGAUGCUGCUGUAAAACACCUGUUGGCCUUGAAAGCAGAAUACAAGGAGAAGACUGGACAAGACUACAAGCCUGGAAAUCCUCCAGCUGCAGCAGUUCAGGUCCAGCCUUCAAAGUGUGUGGCUACCACCACGGCCACCACUGUAGACAGCAAAGUUCUUCAUGAUAACGUAGCUGAGCAAGGGGAAGUGGUCCGAAAACUGAAAGUAGAAAAAGCACCUAAGGAUCAGAUAGAUGCUGCUGUGAAAGUGCUUCUAGCUCUGAAAGCAGAAUAUAAGCAAAAAACAGGCCAGGAAUACAAACCUGGCAACCCACCGAAGAGUUCCCUUCCUAGUUCAGUUCCUUCUGCUGCUCCUUCUUCCAUGUCCCUCUGUCCAGUAGUCAGCAAAACUCUUUAUUGUAAAGUAGCUGAACAAGGUGAAGUGGUUCGUAGACUUAAGUCGGAGAAAGCAUCAAAGGAUCAGAUAGAUGCUGCUGUAAAAGUGCUUCUUGCGCUAAAGGCAGAAUAUAAACAAAAGACAGGUCAAGAUUAUAAGCCUGGACAUCCACCUGCAACUCCUUCUCCCUCUUCUUCCUCUCCCUUAUCCUCCUGUGCUUCUGAUCCUAUUCCUCUAUCCUGCAAUGGGUUGGAGUCUCCUAGUCCAAUAGACAGAAACGCUCUGUACAAUAAAGUCGCUGAACAAGGCGAGGUGGUACGGAGACUCAAGGCAGAAAAGGCUUCCAAGGAUAAAGUGGAUGGAGCUGUGAAACUCCUCCUUUCCCUGAAAGCAGAGUAUAAAGAAAAGACUGGCCAGGACUAUAAGCCAGGACAACCACCAUCACCUCAGGCGCAUGCUGUAAACCAGCCAACAAGCACAGAAAUUAGUGGUGCUAACUCCCCAGAAGCAAAAGCUCUCUUUAACAAGGUUGCUCUCCAAGGGGAAGAGGUCCGGAAAUUAAAAUCGGAGAAGGCAGAAAAGGAUAAGAUUGAUGCAGCGGUGAAAGAACUGCUUCAGUUGAAGGCACAGUACAAGUUGCUGGCAGGAGUAGACUAUAAACCAGUUUCUGCAACUGGUGCAGAGGACAAAGACAAGAAGAAGAAGGAGAAAGAGAAUAAAUCUGAAAAGCAAAAUAAGCAACAGAAACAGAAUGAGGGACAGAAGAAAGAAUCACAGAAAGAUGAAGGUGGUGACAGCAACAUGUCGUCAAAUGGUCCAGGAGAUGGUCAAGGACCUAAAAAACAAACCAGGUUGGGUCUAGAGGCUAAGAAGGAAGAGAAUCUAGCUGAAUGGUAUUCUCAGGUGAUCACAAAAUCAGAGAUGAUUGAAUACUAUGAUGUGAGUGGUUGCUACAUUCUCCGUCCAUGGGCUUUUUCUAUCUGGGAAGCCAUCAAGGACUUUUUUGAUUGUGAAAUCAAGAAGCUUGGUGUGGAAAACUGCUACUUUCCCAUGUUCGUGUCCCAGGCUGCGUUAGAAAAGGAAAAGACACACAUUGCCGAUUUCGCCCCAGAGGUUGCAUGGGUUACAAGAUCUGGAAAAACAGAGCUAGCUGAACCAAUAGCUGUACGUCCUACAAGUGAAACAGUAAUGUAUCCUGCCUAUGCAAAGUGGGUUCAGUCACACAGAGAUCUACCAAUCAAACUUAAUCAGUGGUGUAAUGUUGUGCGUUGGGAGUUCAAACAUCCACAGCCUUUCUUGCGUACUCGUGAAUUCCUGUGGCAGGAGGGACACACAGCAUUCUCGACUUACGAAGAAGCAGCAGAGGAGGUGUUGCAGAUUCUUGAUCUCUAUGCUCGUGUGUAUGAAGAACUUCUUGCAAUUCCUGUUGUGAAAGGAAGAAAGACAGAAAAAGAGAAGUUUGCAGGUGGAGAUUAUACAACCACCAUUGAGGCAUUUAUAUCUGCAAGUGGGCGAGCUAUCCAGGGAGCAACUUCUCAUCACUUGGGACAGAAUUUUUCAAAGAUGUUUGAGAUUGUCUUUGAAGAUCCAAGAAUACCAGGAGAGAAGCAAUUUGCUUAUCAGAACUCAUGGGGCAUUACUACUCGGACCAUUGGUGUAAUGACCAUGAUUCAUGGAGAUAACAUGGGUUUAGUAGUACCACCCAGGGUAGCUUGUGUUCAGGUUGUCAUUAUUCCCUGUGGUAUCACUAAUUCGCUUUCUGAAGAAGACAAGGAGGCCCUGAUGACAAAAUGUAAUGAAUACCAUAAGCGAUUACUCAGUGCUAACAUCCGUGUGCGGGCUGACUUGAGAGAUAACUAUUCACCUGGCUGGAAAUUCAAUCACUGGGAGCUUAAGGGUGUUCCAAUCAGGCUUGAAGUGGGGCCCCGAGAUAUGAAAAAUCAUCAGUUCGUAGCGGUUCGAAGAGAUACAGGAGAGAAGUCAACAUUUGCUGAAAAUCAAGCAGUGGACCAUCUCAGACGUGUUUUGGAGGAAAUCCACACAAACCUUUACAACAGAGCUGCUGAAGACCUUAAGAGUCAUAUGGUCGUGGCCAAUACAAUGGAACAGUUUCAGAAUGAGCUUGAUUCAGGAAAGGUAGUUCAGAUUCCUUUCUGUGGAGAAAUAGAGUGUGAGGACUGGAUCAAAAAAACCACUGCCAGAGAUCAAGACCUUGAGCCAGGUGCUCCAUCCAUGGGAGCAAAAAGUCUCUGCAUCCCCUUCAAACCUCUGUGUGAGCUGCAGAAUGGAGCAAAAUGUGUCUGUGGCAAGAACCCUGCCAAGUUCUACACCCUCUUUGGCCGUAGUUACUAAGCUGCUAGUUGAAAACAGCAGCUUCCUUAUCUUUCAAGUUCUCAACUUUUUAAAAUAGAGACUGAAAACUUCCCAGAUCCUAUCCAGGUUUUUGUUACUUUUUAAAACAGCAACAAAUAAAGCCAUACAGCGUCAUGCCCCUUCAGUCAGACUAGCAGUAAUGCACAGACUUUUCUGUACACAUCAUCUCUACUAAUAAAUACGUAUUGUCAACUA